AUGUCUGGUUUGAAACGAGUGUCAAUAUUAUCGCGCAUAGCCGAGCUAGACGAAAGUUCGCCGAAAAAGUGUGAAAAGGAAGCGGUUACAGUGCUCGUGUCACCGAUUUCCGGAAUCGUUCGCGGAUUAAUGAACUCGUCGCUUUCUUCGCAGAAUUGUUCGAAAGGCAGUAACAAUAGAAGGAAUGACGUUGCCCGCGAGCUGGAUCAUCAUCGUGUUAUGUACACCGCCUAUACUGAUUAUUCCUUUAUUUUCAGGCUCUUCAAGAAUGCCUUCAAAAUCAAAAGCACUCCAGAAAACACGAUAAAAUCCAAGCCGAAAUCGCGUCGACUCCUCGGCAUGGCUUCGCGACGCUUCUCCAGUCCAGACCGGGUCUCGCCAUCUAUCGACAAGGAAAACAAUAGCGCUGCUUGCAGCCCACAUGGUGUCAGCCCACAAAAGAUCGGUUGUGCGAAAAAAUUCCGUCAUCCGCUGGAAGAUUGCGACCCGAACAGCCAGGACAGUGGUUACGAGGCAAGUUAUCCGGAGAAGGAGGAAAAGACAGCUAGGGAUGGGUUCCGAUUCGCGGAACCUCUGGCGGUUGCACCUCGUCGAAUGUCCAUCGAAUCUCGAAGCCCAAUGGAAUCACCGGUGCGAUCUUCGCCGCAGCGGACGCGUAUCGCACGACCUUCCCUCUUUCGAAGCCUCUCGUCCGGCUACGAGAGCAUGGACGAUGGCUUCAACGAUCUAAUCGACGUCGAGAACCUGGACGAUGCGACGCAAUUACCGAACGGCAUAUCGACUCUCCUUUGCGGUGACAUCGUCAGCGCCAUCGACGCCGGUAUUAUCGAGCCCGGAAUUCCCGACGCGUGCAACCCGAGUACACCAGAAUUCUCACGUACCAGUUGCUCCAGUGGUAACUUGCGACGUUCGGUCUCGUUGCAAAACGAAAGAGUAGAAUGCCGGAAAAAUACCUCUUCGUCGUCCCUUUCCAAAGUUCGUUCCUGUUUGUUUCGUUCUCCGAACGCGAGCUCGUCCACCACAAAUCCAGGUUUCGACGAUAGCAGUCCGUUAGCGACGACGAUGCCUGUCGCGCGACGUCGCAGAAUCGCCGAAGAAAUCGCCGAUGGGAAAACCGUAAUAUCCAACUCCUCCUCCCCACUCCAUUUUCCGUUAUCCAUUCGAACGUUCAAACGACCGGAGCCACCGAUCGACGAAAGCCCGAAGCUAGUCAAGCGAUCACGAAAAUUGAACACUUUCCUCGAUAUCGUGAGAAAGAACGAUGUCGCCGAUAUCACCAUGUUCAAUGCGAAAUGUGUGCGGUUGCAGAGGAGUUUGUCCGAAAUGGCGACAGCAUCAACAAUAGGAAAAGCAACGAUGAAAAUGGAGACGGAGGCAGAAACAGAGACGGAGAUGCAAUCGGUAAUGGAAACGCACGCGCACAUCAAAUCGGCUAUUUAUCGGAGUACCACCGAUGCAGAUCUUACGGGAGAUUUUAGCAAACAGUGCGUCUUACCGUUGGCCACCGGUAAUCACGAGGACCUGAAAUCCAUUUCCGCGGACACUUUAGCCUCUUUGAUACGCGGGGAAUUCAGUGAUGUUAUUGGUUCCUUCAAAAUCGUAGAUUGCCGUUAUCCGUACGAGUUCGACGCCGGUCAUAUCGAAGGUGCUCUAAACCUUUACAGCAAAGACCUUAUCGAGCAUUGUCUGUUAGAUCCGUUGACGAGUACGCCCGAGAUUAAGCCGGACACUAACGCGAAAAGGAAUAUCUUAGUGUUUCAUUGUGAAUUUUCGUGGGAACGUGGACCGAAUCUAUCGCGGUUUCUACGAAACUUGGAUCGGCAACGUAACAAGGAGCAUUAUCCUGCUCUUCAUUAUCCGGAACUUUACCUGUUGCACGGUGGAUACGAGCAGUUUUACAGAGAACAGAAAGGGUUAUGCUCGCCACAAGGUUACCGACCGAUGAGGCACCCCGAUCACGAGGCCGAUCUUAGGCAAUUUCGCAGUAAAAGCAAGAGUUGGCAAGGGGAAAAGUCGAGAAUCGGUGGAUGCACCGUGCGAACUAAUCUCAAAAGCUUAGGAUUUUGAACGCAUCUCUCUCCUACCUUCCUUUCCUUUUCCAUGCUUUUUCACCCUCUAUCUCUGUCUGCCUUUACCUACCUUCAUCUCCUUCCACUUUUUCCCCUUUCUCCCUUCCUAACCGGCUUUACCUUCGCACGACGAACUGUCA